UAGCUCCAUCUUCAGACAACAUAUUUCAAGUUUCCUUCGUUCUUUCCAACACGACGUGGAACGAUACUUACUCUAACUCCAGUCAUCCCGAUCACGAGGCCUUGAAAGACCUCAUCUUGGCAGAGGUAAGCUUUAUGCCUUUGAAGUAAGUGCAGCCCCGUUUAAUUUCUGAGGUCGUUAGUCCGACCCUGGUUGAUCCAGUGUUCAUACAAAAGGAGAUCUUAACUAAACUAGCUUUACCUAUAUAACUCUAUCAGUUCUAGGAGGAAACCUAAACUAAACUAACUUUAUUUAUACUGGAUAGCUCUAUCAGUUCUAAACUGUUUUCCUCAAAGGUCCAGUAAGGAUCAUCUACUACAGGAGGAAACCUAAACUAAACUAACUUUAUUUAUACUGGAUAGCUCUAUCAGUUCUAAACUGUUUUCCCCAGAGGUCCAGUAAGAGUCAUCCCUGAUCUUCAAUACUUACAGUAUAUUGUACUGAAAUCUUCAAAUAUUAAAGUAACAAUGAUUCUUAGAUAAAUGGUUCGCAGUACCUAGGAAUUACUCAAUUUACUUGCAAUGUAGUUUGUCAGGAAUAACACAUUAUACUUUUUCUCCUCCGUUUCAGCUCAGCAAAGUAUAUCAGGGAGACGCGACGCUCAAAAAUAUUGUUCUGGAUAAAUUUGAACCAAGUGGAGAAAAUGUUAAAGCCGUUCUCAAGAUGACAUUCGAUAGCUCUAAUAACAAUCCUGGCGCCAAGCUGAAAGACAGCUUCAGUAAUGGAAAAUUGGGAAGUAUUGGCGUUGAUAAGGACAGUCUCUCCUGGAUUAAUUCAUAUAGUAAGCCAUUGAUUCAUGUAUUUCUGAACUAAUAAAAUAUAUGAUUGGUUAGGGGAUAUAAGAUGGCACAAAGACCUAAAGUAACUUUAUUUAUACUGGAUUGCUCUAGCAGUUGUAAACUGUUCUCUCUAGAGGUCCAGUAAGGGUCAUCUCUUAUUGAUCCAGUGUUACUACAGAAGGAGACCUAAAGUAUCUUUAUUUAUACUGGAUAGCUCUAUCAGUUCUAAACUGUGCUCUCUAGAGGAUUGUUACAACUAGUUCACAAGCUUGCUACAAGGUUGUUGAGCUCAACAGACUUGUUACAAGUUGUUUUAACAGCUUGUUAUCGUCCUGCAAUUCAACAAUUUGUCAACAAGUUGUGAGUGACAACCUUGUAGCAACUUAAUAAAAUAACAGCAUUGUUACAACUUGUUGACAACUUGCUACAAGGUUGUUGAGCUCAACAGACUUGUUACAAGUUGUUUUAACAACUUGUUAUCGUCCUGCAAUUCAACAAUUUGUCAACAAGUUGGGAGUGACAACCUUGUAGCAACUUGAUAAAAUCACAGCAUUGUUACAACUUGUUGACAAGCUUGCUACAAAGUAGAUGAACUCAACAGACUUGUUACAAGUUGUGAGAUUUUUGCGUGUGUAAAGUUCACUUUUUAUUUCUUUAAUUUUUAGCUCCAUCAGAAUCGGAAUCAGAAGAAGACACAGAACUGGUCGUUGGUACGGUCUUCGGGGUUUUCUUCGGCCUCGGUUCAAUCUUACUUGGCGUCGCUUGGUUGAAGAACCGUCAGUCUCGUCGAAAGGUUGGUUCGUCACACACCUCAGUAAAUGAGGACCCCUCUGCCCAGCCUGAAGGUGUGGAGGAAACUCCGGCGUGAAUAAAUGUUCCCUGUGCGAUUUUUGCUGCGUUUUUUUAGCACUAGCUAUGUGUAAAAUACACGUAUAUUGAAACAACCUCGUAACCAGGCUCUUACCUUCGCACGCCCUCCCGCUGGGUGUUGAAUAGCUCCAUGAUUAUUUAAUGUUUUGCAAAGAGUUUUACGAUUUAAAAAACGAGCAGGAAUGCUUUAUCAGGUAUAAAACGCUAGAAGACAGCCGAGUGUUUUAUAUGCGAUAAAGCUCGAAUUGCGAAUGAAAGAUCAUUAAUAAUUCAUAAGCUUAUUGGCAAAUCAUGUCAACCAUAGUAUGUCACGUGAAGAGGCUUUAUACCUGAUAAAACUCAUCUUCAUUAGUAUUCUUUAUAUAAAAGUCCAUCCUAAUUAAUUUUCCUUAUAUAAAGAAUACUAAUGAGACGGCAUCUAUUGUAGUCGUGUUUGAAGCUAUUCAGAACACUUGUAAUCGUGUUUUAUAUUAUAUUUCUCAAAUUCAUUAAUAAUUCAGGAGGAAAACACAAAGAAAAAUCAUAAGCGUGUCUUGGUUUUAUAUGUGAUAAAAAAUCAUGUUAAUUUACAUAAACUUUAGCUUUGAUUUUCUCGGUUUAGACAAAGUUUAUUUUAAAAAUUACUUCGCCAAUGAACUCGUAUAAGAUGAGUCGUUUUUGAAGCCAUUUAAAGCACUUGUAGUCGUGUUUUAUCACAUAUAAAACACUCCUACGCGUGUUUUAAAUAGUACUUAAAAUGCUCGUGCUGCGCACUCGCAUUUUAAAUAUGAUAAAAUACUCCUACGCGUGUUUUAAAUAGUACUUAAAAACGACCCAAUGUAUAAGUUCAUUGGCGAAGUAAUUUUAAGAAUCAACUUUGUCUAAGCCGAGAAAAUCAAUGUUUCUGUAAAUGAACAUGAGUUUUUAUUACAUAUAAAACCACCAACACUGUACUGAUUUUCUUUGUCUUUCCUCAGGAAUUAUUAAUGAUUAAGCAUAAAAAAAGUACAGCAAAAAUCGAUAGUCUAUACUAUAUCCUUGAGCAGGACACACUUUCCAAUGUAACGAAAUCUAUAAUGGAUUGAUUCAUUGACAAAAUACCAUUGAAGUAAAUCUUAAAGCGGCUUCGUAUAUUAAACAUAGUUAUUGAUACGGUGAAUAUUAAUGUAUAUGGAGAAUAAACAUUUAUAAAUAC